ACGAUAUGCGAUAAUCAGGGCUCAACAUCUCGAGCACGGCGGAUCCUUGCAAAUGCGCCAUAUGUCCUAUUCGACUGCGAGGGGCACAACUCAAAGUGCCGUGAUGGGUCUGAAAGCUUAUCUCUUGUGCAACUGGGCACGCCUCAUGCAGAAGAAAUCUUCGUUUUCGAUAUGCUUGCCCUCAAGGAUAGCAAUCGUGCGACCAGGAGUGUUCUGUCUUUGAUAAAUAGUCCUAAAAUCCUAAAAGUUGGAUGGGGCGGAGUGCAAGAUUACACAACUCUCUGGCGCAUCUAUAAUACGCCCAUGCAAGCCUUUCUCGAUCUUCAGAUCGUCGACAUUCAAUCGCGGAUUCACCGACGCGAGCCUCGCAAAGUUCAGAUCUCGCGCCUGGCAUCUGAUCAUUUCCCCAGUUCUGUAAUUGAAAAGCUUCAGAUAGACGGUGUUCAUGCCUUGAGUACAAUGGACAAGGCACUCGUAGAACACGGCAUUAAUGGUGCUCCGCGAAAA